CUAAUUAAAAUUCAUCCAUCAUUGGGCCAAAAGAAAAAUAGUUUUGGGUUGCAAAACAUGGGCUCCAAGUUUUUAACUAGUUUUAAAGGAAGCUCAUUAUCAAUAGGCCCAAUGCAGAUCCUCAACUCCAGCCCAAAUAAGCCUGUCUCUCGGUCCAUCACUCCAUUGCCUUCUCCUCUCUCUCUCUCUCCUCCUCUCCGAUCGGCGUCGACUGUGGGAGAUCUGUUCGCCUGAAGUCGGAGCUGCUCAACAAUGGAAAACAAGCAAUCUCCCGCCGCAAACGUAUCACCGGCUACAGCAGUUGUACUUGGAGCCCUAGCUCCGGGCGUCAACGGUGCAACAUGGAAUACAUUAAAAUCGACGUUCGUGAUGCUGGGUCUGUGCCUUGCCGUUAUGCUGGGUUUGACAUUUUCUUCCGGUGAUUCUUUAUUGAUGCUCCAUGUUGCUUUCCUCGUUGUAAUUGCUGUCAGCCUCUUCUUGCUUCUUAAUUGGUUUCUUGCACAGACUGGUCUGGUUACCAUUGAGCGUCAAAUGCAAGAGUUGGACUUAAUGCCAAAUGAUCAUAGCAGAUAGCUGAUAAGCAAUUAAACCAAAUGUAAACCAAAUGAAUUAUUUUCCUUCCCAGAUUCCCUUAAAUUUCAUACAGUAUUACAUUUGAAAGGAAUCAUCGACAAGGGAAAGACAAAUUAUAUGGUAAUGCAUUCCUGCAGAACAGAUGAGAAGACAAUGUUGUGAAAACAGUGAACAGACCAUGGUGCUUCCCCCACACUUUCCUGGGGAGGAAACAACCGUAGGGAUAGCCCUGUCACUCAGUGUUUGCUUCCUUAUCCUUGUGUUUACUCUUUUUGGCCUUGAUGUAGCAGAAGCAUGCACACCAUGGGAGCUGAAGCAAAAACUUCAUAUCUCAAGUUCUGCUGUCCUCAUAAAUUAUGGUAAUAAUAAUGAUAUAUAUAGAGCUCCAUUGUUAGCUUUAUUUCAUUUUUUAUGUUACAAAAACCAUACUUUAUCCCUUUAUUCAUUUCUGUUCCUCGAUGAAUAACUAUACCUGUCUUGCACAGUUGGUACAGAUACCUAGAUGCCUUGCUUCUAAAAUUACAUGUUCAUGGCCAUUGGAUGUUCUAUGCUUCUUGGGUGGGUCAUGACUCAUGCCUGAGCAAGGCCUAGCUUUUUGACUAGAACUAAGACAACACCAAGCAGCAAAUAGUUUAAACUCCUGGGUCUAAUAGGUUGCUUGCUCCAUUCUUUCUCCCCUUUCCCUUUUUCUGUUUUCCCAGGGCCACUAAAAGCCUUAAAUUUAG